AUGGAGGAGACCAACAAGGCCCUGGCCGAUCUGACGGCGGCGAUCAGCGGCAUAUCGUCCCAGAUCGGCGAGAUCCACCCCAUCCUGCUCAAGGAGGUGCGGCCGGAAACCGCGCCGGUGCUUGAUCCGGCACCAGCGGCGGCUACGGAGCUGGUGCAUCCGAUUCGUCUCACGGAUCUGCCUCCACUCCUUCCGUCGACAACCGCACCGCCGCUCAAGCUUUCCCCGAUCGCGGACGCGCGUCUUCCUCAACCCAGCGAGCGCCUCUUGCCUCGCAGUGGUGACGUCCACGGGCCCGUUGGCCACAGCAGGACUCAAGAUCACCGGGGGUUGUCGCCGGGGGAACGGACCCCGCGGGCACCUCCGGUCACGGGUAUGGCCGAUUUCCACCCUUUUGCUGCAGAGAGUUUGUUUAUGGGAGAGCGUCAGUUCGGAUUCAGCCGAUUUCCACCUCCCCCACGUUUUGAAUUUCCUCUGUUCGAUGGCGAUGGUCCACGAGCAUGGCGUCUGAAGUGUGAGGCGUAUUUCAGAGUCUGUACACUUAGUCCUGACACUUGGGUGAGUUGUGCCGCGAUGUAUUUCAUUGAGGGGGCACUGUCUUGGUUGCAGUCCACUAGGGCGCACCUUAUCUAUACAGAUUGGGGUGCAUUUGCAGAGGCAGUGUGUGCACAGUUUGGGAGAGAGGAAUUCCAGUCUCUGUUGCGACAAUUCAAUCGUCUGCAGCAGAGUGGUUCCGUGACUGAAUAUGCAGAGAAGUUCACCCAGCUCAUGCACAAUUUAGUGGCCCAUCAUGAAUCGUGGGAGCCCCAUCUUAUUUCAUUACGCAUUUUAUUGAUGGGUUACAGAAAGAUAUACGUGCUGCUGUAG